GAGAAUAUUACACCCUCCAACCGAAAACACUUUUCUCUUUUGAAAUUUUAUGAAAUUUAAGAGAUGAAUUAUUUUAGUUUAAAAAUUUUCAAAGUUACUCUUGAUGUGAUACGUAUAUUAGUAGUGAAUGAAUAUAGUGUAAUAGAUAAGAUCUGAUCUGAUUCAAAUAAGAAUAAGUAAUAAGUAAUCUUACUAUAUACAAUGGUAAGAUGUGUUUUUCUACAGUGUUCCCGCCCAUUUUAUAUGCUACAGUACCCGUGAGAUUUGGACGCACAUUCAGAUGAAAAAUCUUCCCACAUACUCAAUCAUUUUAGAUGCACCGGAGUACUGGAGAAGCUUUGCGUCCGCCAUACUCACUGAUCUUCCGGGUUUCUAGGGUUUCUUUUGAACGGCUUCGAGAAAUUUUGCGAUAUAAUACUCUCUCCGUCAUUUGGCAGAUUAAUAAUUCUACUAUGAUACUCAUUUUGAUUUGGCAGUAAACUGAUUUCGCAUGCGAUUUUGGAUUUGGGAUUUCAAACAUCGCUGAGCUAAGUUAUAGUGCGCCAUUUAUAUUGAACUCAAGUUUGGAUGUGUGAAUUGGAGUUCAGGUAGCUGAACAGAGUAUUUAAAAUCAAAUAUGGAGUAUAUUUGUUUACUUAGAUAAACACAUCUUUGAGUUUUAGGUUCUGUGAUCUAGAAGAGGCGAGAACAGGAAGCACAACACCGGCUGAUCAAUUUACAUAAGCUUCGGGCUCAAGUUCAAUAUCCCAAUACUGGCGAUUUUUGUCUGGGAUUUCGCACGCGAUUUUAUCUAGGUUUCUUUCAACGCUGUCAUUCAUCCUCUCAGAUGUGGUGCUUCAGCAAAGACGUGCGCCGCUGCUCUUAUCUUCGGCCGGAGUCCGCAGCGUGGUUCUUUCGGAUCAUGGGUUCUAUCCGUCCGCUGGCCGAUUCUCUUCCACGACCGCACAACGGCAGUGAGCAUCUCCAUCUUUGAUAAAAAAAAUAGAAGGGGAGGGCUGCGUGAAAUAGCCUCGACCAAGGGUUGCCUACAGCUGCAGUUGAAGAUAAGGAAUUGGUUUGGAUGAGCAAUGCUCACUGUGUGUUUGACGAAAUGACUCAAAAAGACGUAGCCACAUCUACAACAAUUCAUACCCGUAUUAGGAAAUCUUCUUUAAAAAUUUCUGCCAAUGUAUCAGGUACGCCUCUCAGCCAGCGUAUUAAGGAAGCUUCUCUAAAAAUUUCCGCCAAUGUAUCAGGUACGCUAAUGGAGCUAUGUAAAUAAGUAAAGUAUUGUAUUCUUAGUAUUAUCCCAAGAUUUUUAGAUGAACAAUUAUUAUGUUUCUUCUAAUGUGUUCUAAAGUGGUUUGCUAUGAAUGGAAGAAGAAACAUACAACCUCCAAUCUCAUGAAAGCAAUAGGGGGAUCUUCUAGUGCCGUCAGUAGGUCAUAGAGCCACUGCACCAGAGAGGCUUUUUCCUAUCCUCUAGGCUUAUGAAAUGGGUGAGUCUUCUUCCUUAAAUUGUUCUUCUUCCUUAAAUCGUUCAACCCUUUAAGGAAAUGUUUGAUUUUUGCCUGAGUGAUCUCUAGCAUUAGGGUUGAAUUGAAGUCGCCACUAUAAUAGGUGGAUGGGAUGGUUGUGGUUGUAUUCCAUACUCCGGAAUUUCAGAUUCAUCAAAAAAGGCUGCUGCAUCUGUUUAUUGUGAAUAAAUGACUCGGGUCCUUAAGGGUCGUUUUGCUAAACCUAUUAAAAGAAAAUACGUAAUUUCUGAGGUUUUUUGCAUAUGCAGUGUGUAAAACCUGUUGAUGGAAUUCAGUAAAUUCGCCUAGAAGAUGUAUUGGGCAGUGGUGUUAUUGGGUCUUUACAGCGAGGUAAUAAUCUAUUAAAGGGACCUGAGGUUGUGAAUGUUGGGUGUAUAUUGAUUUUGACCUCCCCAGUUGGGAAAGUGACAAAAGUGGCUCUAGAAAUUGCAGUGGAAGAGCCAAAGGAGUGAUGGGUAGCAGUUCUCAUAUUGAUUCAGAACGACAAAGCGGGCUUUCAGUUAAAGAGAAUGGUUUGUUUUGUUCCCCCUUUUUCUUUGUGUUUUUAAAAAUGUAAGGACAAACGAACGGCAAGAACUGCAUUUGAUGCUACUCCUGAUGGAAUGAGCAUAGGGCAAAACACUCCACCAAAAAUGGAAGCUAGAGGGAGAAAACUCAUCAUUUGAAUCCUGAGAUUGAAGAUGACGAUGAUCUGGAUUGGGAAGAUGGGUCAAUUCCUAAUUCAAAUUCAGAAAAUAAUGGAGUAAGGGUUGAAUUUGAAGUUCCUGAAGAUGCUUCCAAGCAUCGCAAGACUGCGCGGCGUGCCACUGCUAAAGAAAAGGUUGAUUAAAAUACUCCCCAUGUCCACCAUAGAUCUUCCUAGACAUUAUUCACAGGGUCAAACUUAAUUCAAUUAGUUUGUUCAUUUUUACUACUCAUUUCAUAAAAUAAUAUAGUGUUGUCACUUCUAGUUUUGUGGAACUUUUCAUGUAGUUUAUUACUACAUAGAUUUUAUAUUAAAAUUUUACCCCUAUAUUCAAAUAAAUUGAAUUGAAAAUAAAGUCGGUCAAGCCUCGGAUUAAGCUAGUGUAGGAAACUAAUUUUGAGUUUUAAACAGCAAAUCACAGAGUAAGUAAAUGGUACUCAAUCAGAGCCUCGCUUAGCCACACUAUUGAAAAUCUUUUUGGCUGCAACUUUUAGUUUCUCACUUGUAAUUUGCACUGCAGAUUCAUCUCUACUUCUGGACUCAUGAAGCUGUUCAUCUAAGGUCGACAACACACCUUUCCGAACAAUCCGCAUCAGCCUCUUCAUAGUCCAGGGGUCUAACAGCCUGGACAUCAUUUUCCUAGACAAAAGCCCUAAGUUUCAACCAGGAAAUGGAGAUGCAGAGGUGGUACAAUAUGCCACAAUCUCCUCCUCUCCACCACCAGUGCGCUGCUGGCCGCCGGAAUUCGACCUACGGCGUUCCUUCAUCACGGUUUUCUCUGGCCUCAGUCAUUGUGGCAUCGUUGGACAGCUCGGUUUCUAUGGAACCUGCAUUGAUGUUAGCAGUGAAGAACUCGCUAGAAUCAGCUAGAGUAGACUUGGACCAAGACGGCGAACAAGAUAAGGAAGCCAUGUCGGAAUUCAACUUCCUUGUCUAGAGAGGAUGCUGGAGAGAGAGAGAGAGAGCUGAGGACGCCGGAGAGAGAGAUCUGUAGUGUGGCCACCUUUCUGAUCUAAACGGAGUUUGGCAGGUAUUAAAAAUUUAAAAAAAAUGAACUUAAAUAGAAAAGGAAGGGAUAAGGCCAUAUCCAUCCACUCAUUCUCAUUCACCAGCGCCUGCGUUUACUCGCGAGACACCAUCCGAAGGAAGGACCAGGCUGUGGAACACUUUGCAUCACGCGUCCGGCGUUUAGGUAUACGGCGAUACAUAGGUAAAUGACUCCAUUCUUUCAAUCCUAGCCUCGUUAACGUUUAAGCAGUAUUUUUGUGUGUUUAAUAUGAAUAUUUGGAGCUUGAAUUUGAAUUUAUCCAUUGAAUUCAAUUGUUGCACGAAUCUCUCCAAAUUCGAGAUUAUAAAGCUCGGGUUUCUGUCUGAUUUUGCGUGAUUAUUCCUUUCAGUUUGAUUCUUACUCUUCAUCUCAGAGUGAAAAUGAAUUUUGGAAUCCCUUAAAACUUUUUGGAUGCCAUUGAUAUGAAAAUGAGUGAGUAGUGUAUAACUUAAUUUGAUGUUUGAGUUAUGAAACCUUCACCUCUGAAAUUUAUACUAAUAAAUUGAAAAAUAGUUUUUUAAUAAAUUGAAAAAUAGCUUUUUAAAUAAAAAUGCCUCAUUUUCAUGAAAAAAACACUUCCGAGCAUAAACUUCUCCAGUUUUCCUAUAGGAAAUAGGAUCGUAUGCAUGAAUUAAUCUUAAUUUAAGAUGGGCACGAAAUGGGAAGGGGGAUUAAAACUAACAAAAUAUGGUUGUAUGGCUUAGUGGAGUGUGUAAGAUUUGAAGGAUAUUUAUACUUGCACUCCAAUGUAGUGGGGUUACAUGUGAAAUUUACCACUUUGAAUGAAGAAGAAUUGUUUUUUUAGUUCCAUGAAUUGAAUCUUAUAUAUGUGUGGACAUGGAGGGCAAGAAUUGAGAUUUUUGGUUUCUUCCACUUGUAAUGGGUACUUGUCAUUUACUGUAUGGACCAUGUUUCAUGGUUCUUACUGUUAUUCAAUGUUUGUUUAAAUAAUGUAUCUUGGCUUGGCAGUAGGGAAUUUCAUUCAAUUCUUGCAGCCAUGGUGGUCUUCUCAUUUGGAUUUGGAAUAAAUUGAACAAUUAAGAGGCUGUGAUGAUAGGUUUUGUAUAUUUUUCUCUUAUUGGGUUAUACUAAAAUUUGAUGAAAUAAUACGUAUCUUGGCGUUGCUAUCAGGCUACCUGGAAGCAGCCAUGGCAUUCUCAUAUCUUUUUUCCCACUGAUGAGUAUGUAAAGAGUUUAUAUCUGAGCCUUUUUUUAGUUGCUUCAAAAUGACCAUUUUCUGGAAAUAAUGACCAUUACAGUAGAAGAAAACUGGCCAGCACAUGGCUUGUGCUGGUCAGUUUGAAAAAAAUGACCAGUUAUUUCCAAUUGCCAUUCUAUAAUGACUAAUACAGUAGAAUAAAGUGACCAGUUAUUUCCAAUUGCCAGUUAAAUUGAAAUAAAAUUUGGGCCAUUUC